GGAUUGAGAUAGAGAGAGAGUGUCUGAGAAAGCACAGUCGCUCUCAUUUUCUUCUUCAUUGUUUCACUCUCUUCUCUGCUUUUCAAUUUUUUCUUCUCCAAAUUCCCUAAUUUUUCUUCUGAAUUUCAGUAUCAGGCCAGCAAAAUUCAGCCUGCAAUGCCCGAUCUUGUACUUUAUCUUGAUUAAUUGCGCGUUCGUUGAUUUUUUCUCGGAUUAGUUUGGGAUUGGUGAGGUGAGAAAUGCUGGUGGCUGCCGCCGGUGGGAUGAGCCGAUUAGGGUACGGCGGGAGUUGUGGAGAGAGCAGCGAGGAGGAGCUUUCGGUGCUUCCUAGGCACACCAAGGUGGUAGUCACGGGGAAUAACCGGACUAAGUCGGUGCUCGUUGGGCUACAGGGGGUAGUCAAGAAGGCUGUGGGGCUUGGAGGCUGGCAUUGGCUGGUUUUAACAAAUGGCAUUGAAGUGAAGCUUCAAAGAAAUGCUCUUAGUGUAAUUGAAGCACCAACUGGCCGUGAGGAUGAUGAUGAUCUCGAAUGUGAAAAUGUGCAAUGGAAUGGUUCUGAUAUGGCAUCUGAUGAAAUGCAAUCACAAAAGCCACACAAAUCAAGAAGUAGGUCUCAUAAAGUUUCGGCUCAUAAAUCAUUCAGCAGAUCGCAUUCUUGCGACUCGCAGUCUAAAGGUUCCAUUUCAUCGUCGCGGGCAACGACGCGAGUCGACUUGAGCAAGCUAGAAACUACGGCAUUAUGGAGAUAUUGGAAUCAUUUCAACCUUAUGGAACAAGUGGGCGUUAUCCCUAACCCUUCCAAAGAGCAGUUAAUUGAUGUGGUUCAAAGGCAUUUCAUGUCGCAGCAAUUGGAUGAGUUGCAGGUAAUCUCCGGGUUCGUCCAGGCUGCAAAAAGACUCAAGUCAGUCUGCAACUGAUGCAGAGAUUGGAGUCUGUAGUUGGUAAAUUUGUGAUUGAGCUCACUAACUGAUUGAUAUUUGUGAUAUUUUCACUAUCUGUAGCUAUUCCAUGUAACAUAUGUAUCCUCUGGUUUGGGUUGCUGGAACUGCUUGGGUGACUGGGUUCUUUUUCUUCUUCUUCUUCUUCUCUUCUCUUUUUCUUCUAUUGUUAGAGGUUUCUUAUCUUCUUGUAAUGUAGAUACUGCAAAAUCUUCCUAGACCUCGCGGCCAUUUAGGGCCUUAAUGUUCCCAAUGUGAUGAAACUUUCAACUAACCAUUUCUCUGCGAACAUGUUGGUCUAA